GUAUUACCUAAUAGAUGGCGCUUCGAAUCUAAGUGCAAUAAAGUCCUACUAAUUUAGUCGAUAAAUUCAAACUAAAUCAUGUAUACGGACAAAGUUAUUGAAGCUGAGCACUUGGAUCUUAUCCAUGAUGUAGCCUAUGAUUUUCAUGGACGUAGAAUGGCAACUUGUUCUAGUGAUCAAACAGUAAAGAUAUGGGACUUAGAAGAUGGAGAAUGGAAGUGUACCGCAAGUUGGAAAACACAUAAUGGUUCAGUUUGGAGGGUGGCCUGGGCUCAUCCAGAAUUUGGGCAACUAAUCGCUACUUGCUCUUUUGACCGUACCGCUGCAGUAUGGGAGGAAAUGCCCGGUGAAUCAAAAGAUGGAAAGAAGAGUCAUUGGAUUAAACGCUGCAGCUUAGUCGACAGUAGAACUUCAGUUACUGAUGUAAAAUUUGCCCCGAGGCAUCUAGGUCUACAGUUAGCUACCUGUUCUCAAGAUGGUUAUAUUAGAAUCUAUGAGGCUCAGGACAUAAUGAGUUUAGGAAGUUGGACUAAACAUGAUGACGUUGCUCCUUCAGCUAAUCUAAGCUGUAGCUGUCUGUCUUGGAGUUCGUCUCGUGUUCAUCCACCUAUGAUUGCUGUUGGCUGUUAUGAUUCUAAUCUUCCAAAUCAACCGGCGAGCAAGGAAGCUCAUGUUAUACUGUAUGAAUAUGGCCAGGGAAGUAGGAAAUGGAUGAAAGUUGAAGCUUUCUCUACGAUAACGGAAACUGUUCGAGAUGUAUCUUUUGCUCCUAAUUUAGGCAGAAAUUACCAUACUUUAGCAGUCGCUUCCAAGCAUUUAUACAUCUUCUCCAUUAAGCCAAUAAAGAAAGACUCAGUUGCUAAAGCUUCUUUAGAAGUUAAACAACUUGUUUGUUUUGAGGAAUAUACUUCAAAAGUUUGGAGAGUAUGUUGGAAUGUUACCGGUACGAUAUUAGCUAGUUCAGGAGAAGAUGGCUGUGUUAAGCUAUGGAAGGCCAACUACUUGUCACCUUGGAAGUGUAUUGCAACCUUGAAAGGAGAUGGUAUGAGACUUAGUUCUGUUGACUACAUGAAUGACCAUGGCGACAAAAGAUCGAAAUCCCUCUACCCUCCCUUAUCAAAGAACCAAGUGCCUUGGCAUUAA